AUGGGGCCGAUCCGCCGGCGGGUUCUGGCUUUCUAUGUUUGCUCUGGGAUUGACAGCACUUGCUAUUCAGGGGAGCAGGAAAAGCCAGAAGUGCAGCCAAAAGUUUCACAGAUGGACAAGGAUUAUAACGAGAUGCUGCUGAACAUCCCCGAUGGGGUCUUCUACCGCUUCCCCUUACGCCUGGUCCACGGGGUCCCCCUCAUGAAGCCCAUUGCUAGUAGUUGGGAGAGGAUUGAGAAUUUCCAGGCCCUUCCAGAUGACCUCCUAAUAUCGACGUAUCCCAAAGCAGGCACCACGUGGACACAGGAGAUAGUGGACUUAAUUGUGAACGAAGGAGAUGUGGAAAAAGCUAAACGUGCCCCGACUCACGUCCGCUUCCCCUUCCUGGAGAUCUGCUCCCCUCCUCCCAUCCCAUCGGGGGUGGAUAUAUUGGAAGUGACACCUCCUCCGCGCAUGAUCAAAACCCACCUGCCGUACGAACUGGUCCCAAAAUCCUUCUGGGAUCAAAACUGCAAGGUGAUCUACAUCGCUCGGAAUGCCAAAGACAACGCCGUAUCCUACUAUCACUUCGACCGAAUGAACAAAACCCAGCCCGAUCCUGGCCUAUGGGGGACGUACGCAGAGAAAUUUCUGGAAGGAAACGUGGGCUGGGGCAACUGGUUUGACCAUGUCAUCGGCUGGUGGAAAGCUAAGGAGAAGCAUCAGAUCCUGUACUUGUUCUACGAGGAUAUGAAGGAGGACCCAAAACGUGAGAUCAGGAAAAUCAUGAAGUUCAUUGGAAGGGAUCUUCCGGAGGAUGUUCUGGAGAAGAUAGUUCAGCACACCUCGUUCCAGUCCAUGAAAGAGAACCCUAUGGCCAACUACACCUCCCUGCCUUCUUCUCUGCUAGACCAUUCCUGCUCCCCUUUCAUGAGAAAAGGAGAAGUUGGCGAUUGGAUGAAUCACUUUACUGUAUCUCAGUCGGAGAAAUUUGAUGCUGAAUAUGAGAAGAAGAUGACAGGGACGGACCUUAAAUUCCGAUUCAGUAUUUAAAGUGUCUGUCCCACUGCUAGAGCAUUGAGGGCCAUUCCAUCAUUUAGGCCGACAACGCGCCCAAUGGCUGAGACGGACCUUGCAUGAUCCAGGUUGGUGUUUCUGGAAUGUGGCCUCUGUGAUCAUGGAGGUUUCCUAUCCCUUUCACCCAAAUAAACAUAAAGCGAUCUCUGAAAGACCUUUCGAGAAGAUGCAUCAAGUGACCCAAUGAAGCCAAAGACAGCUAACUCAACCAAAGGACAAAGUGGUGUCCAACUGAGCAGAACACAUGGAUGCAACCAAACCAAAUCUACCCAUAAAACGAGCUCCGUAAAGCUCCACACCAGUAAUGGUAGAAUAGUCUGGACCAAAGACGUUUCUGCUUGAUACCUCAUCAUCUAAAUAGACUUAUGGACAGGAGUCAGGGGGGGCAGCAGAUGUAAACUUAGUCCUCAUGGCCACCAACAUUGUGGGUUUCAGGAUCUCUUUACUUUGAAGUUCAAGAUAUCAGUUUCUCAGUCUUCCCAAAAGAGCCUUCAGGGCUAUUGACCGAGAUACCUGUGGCCAAGCAGGAGAUCCCACUAAGCUUUGUUUUAGGGACACUUAUGAUUGGCUUUAAAUGCGCAAAAUUUCUCAUUUGGUUCCAAUAAACUCCCUUUAUCUGCAGACCC